CUGUUCAGUGUCAGUCCCGUUGCUGGAUAACAGUGCACAGCACGGCAUUAGGACCCUGCGGGCUCCCAACGGAGCUCUCGGACCACGCAGCUCGCCGGCUCCGCCACAGAAAAGCUUCAGUCCCUUUGUUUCAUCCUCAGUAGCGCUCCACUCCCUCCUCCACCCAUCUCCUCUACUCGGCUUCACACCGGUCUGGAUGAUUGCUAGGACGGCAACAUGGCUGUGAACCUCAGUAAGAAUAGACUGGCCCUCCUUACAGCUUACCAAGAUGUGAUCAGCGAGACGUGUUCCACCGACUGGGCUGUGUACACGUAUGAGGAUGAUGGCAACAACUUGGCAUUGGCGUCAUCAGGAGAGGGCGGGCUGCUAGAGGUCUCUGGGAAAUUUGACAGCUCCCUUGUCAUGUAUGGCUUCUGCAGCCUCAAGGAUCCUGCAGCUUCUCUGCCACGCUACAUCCUCAUCAACUGGGUUGGUGAAGAUGUCCCGGAUGCCAGGAAGUGUGCGUGUGCUAGCCAUGUAGCCACCAUCGCUGAGUUUUUCCAGGUCAGUCCUUCCAAGGAUGUUGGCAGAGGAACCUCCAUGGGGGUCAACGUCAUCAUCAACGCCAGUAGCGUGGACGACAUCGACCCCUCUGCCAUCGGACAAAAGCUGACCAACGGCACGACCCACGUGGCGAGUCCGGUGCUCAGUCGGCUACGGGUGAAAGACGAGGAGCAGCCCGAGAACGUGGGCACCACCUACCAGAAGACCAAUGCGGAGAUCGAGAUGAAGAAAAUCAACAGAGAAGAAUUCUGGGAGCAGGCAAAGCGUGAGGAGGAGCUGCGCAAGGAGGAGGAGCGGAAGAAGGCCGCGGAGGAGCGGCAGCGGUUUGAGGAGGAGCGCAUGGAGCUGGAGCGGCGAGAGCAGGAGGAUCGAGAGCGGCGGUACCGCGAGAGGGAGCAGCAGAUCGAGGAGCACAGGAAGAAGAUGCAGGACGAAGAGGAGGCCAGAGAAAAGACAAGAGCCCAGGCCCUUAUAACAGAGCCAAGCUGUGACGACAGUGCUCAGGACAAGAAGGAGUCAGAAGUGGAGGAGGCGGCAGCCAUCAUCGCCCAGAGGGCCGAUAACCCGCGGGAAUUCUUCAGGCUGCGGGAGAAGGCCUUGGUCAGCGACCAGGACGACUCCCCUGUCUCCGUCCACAGGACCGAAAACUCAGCAGAAGGGUCCUCAGAGCGUGCCAUGGAGGGCCUCUCGCCUACACCCAUCCCCACCAUCGUCACCACGCCCAUCCAGGAGGAGGACACCUACCAAAACGAAUGGGACCCUGAGCCCGAGCAGCGCACCCCUGUGCAAGAGUCGGCCCCCGCCAAACCUGUUCAGAGUGUGGCCCCAUUGGCCAGAGAGACGCCUGACAACCACUCAGACUUCGGGGUGCCGCCUGACGCCCCGCCCCAGCAGGAGACAGACAGCCUGCUGGACCUAUGGGAGUCAGCGGGUCCCACCCCUGCCAUGGCACCCUCCCAGGCAGCCCACCUCAUGGACCUGAUGGGGGACCCGGUGGAGGCGGCGCCGGCCGAUGUCAGUGCCGGACUCCCUCAGCCGCUCCUCGACUUUGAUGACCUGCCUGAGCCCCCCGCCUCCUUCUGCCAGGGCCCGGAUGGGAUGGAUGACCCGGCUCACCAGGUGGACCUGGGGGGCCCACACGAGAUGGGCCUCAGCUACCAGCAAACGCUGGUGCAGGCCGGCGGCUCUGACAGCCAAGAGCUGGAUGAUGGUCAACUGCUCAUGACCAACGGGGACACGUUGCUCAAAGAGAGCACCCAGGCGAGCGAGGGUUACUUCAGCCAAUCACAGGAGGAGGAGUUCGCCCAAUCGGAAGACUGCUCUGCCAAAGCCACUCCGAUGCCAGUGUUUUAUAACAAACCGCCAGAGAUUGACAUAACUUGCUGGGACACAGACCCCGUGGUGGAAGAUGACGACUAAAAUGGUGCCAGACUGGAAGAGGGAGGUAGAAGAGACUCGCCUUCAAGAAACUUAACCGUGUAACAAUUAAUUAGUCUUGCAUUAAAAUAAAAAAAAAAAGUUAAAAAAAAAAAGUUUCUAAAAGGAACUUAAAAAGCAGUGAAGGGAUUUGGGGUUAUUGUUAAAGAUGCAAAUGAGUUUUUCUUUUUUUUUGCUUGGGCUCCUCGUAAUUAUUCCCCGUUUGUUUUGGGCAUGCUGAGGACAGCUCAGAGGUGAUUUUCACCAUCUCACAGUGCGUGCUGCUUCUUGUCGGGCUGCAGACAGACUCGCUGUACCAUGCAAGUGUAAACUGGAGCAUUGAUGCACCAGUCCUCAUUCAGCUGGUUUUCUCUGGGUCAAACCUGGUCCUGUUCCAAUCUGUGGCCUCGUUCAUACCUUUUACCUCACACAGGUCCAGAUCUUGCCCAAUAGCCCCCAAUAUCCCAAGUGUACAUGACUGAGACAACUGAUUUUGUCUACUUUAAUUCUGCCUUAGUUGCAGGUUUCCACCUAAGGGGUAAUAGCUAGUUUUCCUCAGAUUAGGGAAUCUGUGUAUUCAGGAAAACUGGCCCUUAGUGAAGGUACAUGAAUGGAAACUGACAGAAGAUCCUUUCCCAUCCCCCAAAAAAUGCCUGGUUAAGUGAAAAUAGACAAACAAUACUUACAGCAAUAUACUGCUUCGCUAGUAAAUUUAUAAAAAGUUUUCCUUACUAAAGUUUCCCUAUUUCAAAGACCAAAGUUUGUGGAUUCAGACUACCUAUUAAAUGUGCGUAUUAAUCAUUAGACUUAGAGAAGUUUUACUUAGUGGUGGUCGUGUUCCUGUCUAGUCCUUCUGUCUUCUAAACGUUCAAUGAUUUGGGGAGAUUUUACUGGGCACUCCUGCUGACAAAAACGACCUGCUUUGUGAACCCACCGGCAUCACCGGACUACAACUGACCCAUUAGACUGCUUUAUUUUAGACUCUUUUCUGACAGAAAAAAAAGACUUUUUAUAAAUACUGCUAUUUUUCAAGGCGACUCUUCAUUCCCACCUGCAGUGGUGUGACUUCAUAAAUACAACAUAGCAACAUAAAGCUGAAUGUUACCUGGCAAGAACUGUUACAUCUCAAAGACUCGACAACUUCACAAAAAAAACCACACAAAAAAAAAACAGAUAAAUCCUCGAAUAUUACUCUAAUGGCAAAUACUCUGUAAAGGUUUGUUGUCUUCCAUUUUCUGUCCAGCCCAAGGAAACCUACUGACUUAUCCGAGGCCUCAACACUGAGCUCCCCCCACCAAAAAGAAGGGCAAUGGAGAGGCCUUGUAGCCGAACAAGCAAUAAGACUGACCUACGUGAUCUGUGUGUAGUAUAGAUGUGUAAAUAACCGUGAUUUUAGGAUUACUAAUCUAACGCCGAUUAACGGUGGCGACAUUAUUUAUAAUCGUGGACUAGAUUCAGUCAAGGGACACUUUUGGACUCGCGAUUCAAUAAUUCAAUGAUGAUAAUAUUUUGCCGUUAGUGAUUGACUGGCUUGCGUGUUCCCCAGAAAAUCUGAUUUUGAACCACCCGGCAUCUUUAACAAUAACCACGGACCUCCUGACAUGGUUUCAGUGUCUGUCCACACCUUUUAAACAUCUUUUAAAGUUUACGCUCUUCCUCUGUCAUGCUGCUCGGAAUCCUCAGCCUCCCCGACUCUGCCUUUGCGAAUUCUUGUCUUUCUUUUUCCAUACUUUCUUCUAUGGCUUCUCUCUCUGCUUGAUUUCAUCUGCUUGCCACCCUCUCCUCUUCAAAACAAGCACAAGACUUUAUUUUUAUUUCUGUUAAUUGCUCCAUCCUCAUGUAUGUUAUUAAAGAACGUUAAAAAAACUCCA